GACCAAUUCUAUUCUCCAUCUAUGGUAAUAAUAGAUUUGUUUCCAUUACUAACAGUAUGAACAUCAUCAGCAAAAGUUGUACACAAUAACAUCAAUGCUUGACCAUUUCAUCGCCAAUGUCUAAAUCUCAUUUACAGUAUUUUUAUUUUCAUUUUUUGGGAUCUCAAUUGGAGUUUCCGCACAAAAAAUUACAUCACAAAGAAAGUUGCGAAGGAAAUGAUUCACUCAACUGCAAUUGGCUUCAAACAUGGUUGUGUUAAAUGGAUAGAGGUUACAAACAAUCAACAUGGAUGUUCCCAUAAGCAUUCAAGAUUUGACUGUAAACAUUUUAUUAUAAGAAGCAGCUAUUGCAACAACAGUACAAGGUUAAGUUUCUCUCAAAACAAGGUGUUACAUGAGAGAAAAAGUGUUGUUAAAAGGCUAAGUUUACCCUUCACAGUAGAACAUGGUUUUACAGACAAUGACGAUGAUGAUAAUAUUUCAACAUUCUUCACUCCCCUCUACAAGCAACUAAGCGUUUUUUAUCGCUUUUGCCGCCCUCAUACUAUCAUUGGCACGUUAAUAGGAGUGACAUCAGUUUCCCUUCUUCCAGUAGAAUCAAUUGCUGAUUUAUCCCUUGAGUUUAUUAUUGGUUUAUUCAAGGCUUUGGUUCCAUCAAUACUUAUGAACAUAUAUGUUGUUGGCCUAAAUCAAUUGUAUGAUUUACACAUUGACAAGGUUAACAAGCCUAAUCUUCCGCUUGCAUCAGGAGAACUCCCAAUGGAAGCCGGUACAAGAAUCGUGUCAAUAUGUUGUCUGCUGAGUUUUGGUAUGGGAAUUGGUUCUCAGUCCCCUCCAUUGCUAAUAGCCCUUGUCACAAGUUUUUUCCUUGGAAGUGUAUACUCAAUUGACCUUCCCCUGCUAAGAUGGAAAAAGCAACCAUUUCUUGCAGCAGCUUGCAUUGUUAUUGUGAGGGCUAUGGUGGUGCAACUUGCCUUCUUUAUACACAUCCAGAAAUAUGUGCUAGGAAGACCAAUAAUAUUGAGUAGAUCAGUCAUAUUUGCAACAACUUUCAUGUGCUUCUUUGCAACAGUAAUUGCCCUCUUCAAGGAUAUACCAGAUGUUGAUGGUGAUAAACAUUUUGGCAUCCAGUCCUUCAGUGUCAGGCUAGGAAAAGAAAAGGUGUUUUGGCUUUGCAUUAAAUUGUUGAUGGCAGCAUAUGGAACUGCCAUGGCUAUAGGUGUUAAUUCUCCAUCCUUGCCUUUCAAACUUGCAACUGUACUUGGCCAUUUUGUAUUAGCUGCAAUUCUAUUGCUACGAGCACAGAGUGUUGAUCUUGCAGAUAAUGCUUCCAUAACCUCAUUCUACAUGUUCAUUUGGAAGCUGUUUUAUGCAGAGUACUUCCUGAUUCCUUUGUUUCGAUGAGUGAAACUCGAAUGCAGUAUAGCUCUGCUAAGUGGAGUACUUUCUUGACAUCUAUGAUUCACUGAGUGAAGUCGAGUGCUCGAGGUUGAUCAAAGAAAUAUAACACCUCUUCUGGGGCUAACUUUUUGGCAUUUGGAAGAACUGUUUGUGUGAGAAAUUCAGAAAGUGUUCCAGAUGUCUGAUGUUGUGUAAUAUUGUACUUUUAUUAUUCUUGGUCAAUUGCCAUUAGUCUGUUCUUGUUUUAGCCUCUCAAUUUUGUUCUGGUAACAAUUCCCUCCAUAGGGAAUUUAUAUUUGGUGUAGCAAAUUGAGACUCGUAGUUAAACCUUUCAGCAUUCAAAACAAUACUCAGUGGCAUAUAUCAACUGUAAACCUACUCGCUGUUGUGAUGAAUGGUUGUAUCUACAUGUUUAUAUGCGUA